CCUCUCUCGGUAAAGUCAUCUUCCGUAUCUACGGAGCAAGGAUGGCCUGGGUAGGGAUUCUGAAACUGGCCGGCGACGCUGCCGGUCUUAUAGGCCCACUCUGCGUGUCUGGUAUAGUGCUGUAUGUCGCGGAUAUUUACUACAAACAGGACAAUGGGGAAAAGGUGGAUCCUCAUUUCAUCGAUGUUUCUGAGUUUGUAGCCAACGGUUUUGUCUUAAUGGGAAUCACAUUCUUUGCUGUGUCGUUCCAGUUCAUAGCAAUAAACAAAUCCCUCUUCUACUCUGCAUUUUACGGCAUGUGUCUUCGCUCAAGCAUACAGACAUUGGUAUACGAGAAGUCAUUGAGUCUCGCAACAUUUGCCUCGACCGGUGGAGAAAUGACAGCGGGUCAGAUCACCAACCACAUGUCGACCGACGCUAUGAAUCUGCUCUACAUGUUUCAGCACCUUCAGUACCUCUGUAUCAUGCCUUUUUUGAUGGCACUUGUUCUGUAUCUCUUGUACAAAGCUGUUGGCGUGGCGUCACUUCUAGGAGCUGUCGUCUACUUUGUGGUAUUUCCGAUGCAGUUAUAUAUUGCCAAAGUCAUGGCAAAACAUCAGAAGAGGGCCUUGUACUUUGCUGAUAAACGACUGAGAUACUCUAACGAGAUCCUCCAAGGCAUCAAACUCCUGAAGUCGUACGGAUGGGAGCAUCUUUAUCUUCGGGUAGUGGAGAACAUACGGAAUCAAGAAUUGAUGUCGCUGCUCAAGAUGAACGUUGCAUACGGAUUGAUCGGGUUUGUCGUUGGGACAGCUCCCAUGGUUGUUACGCUGCUGACCUUCGGAACCUACUCCACCUUCACCGGUGAACCCUUAACCCCUGAGAAAGCCUUCUCCGCUUUGGCGCUCUUCAACCAGCUCAAUUGGCCUCUCUUCAUGUUGCCUUUGGUGACGGCCGCCUUUGUCAACGGCGUCAUCAGCACCAAACGGCUGCAGAAGUUCUUCAUGGCCCAGGAGGUGGAGAGAAGUUGGAUGGGGCGUGACUGGAGGGACAGGGUGGAAGGGCGGGGCCGGUCCAAUUACAGUGUACAAGAAACAGCUUUAGAAACAAUCGAAGAUGACGUCACGGGUGAAGUAGAUGAAACGACGCACAUGCUUCCCAAGAUAGAGGUGUCAAAGAUUAAGCGAUCCGCCGGGUACCAGGCGACGAGAAACACCAAGGCUACGGGUAAACGGUUACCCAAAUCGGUCAGCAUUAAGAUUACCAACGGCAGCUUCACCUGGGACAAAGAAAGCAGCAUACCCGUCAUCUCCAACAUCAACACUGACAUUCCGGCAGGUAAACUGACGAUGAUUAUAGGAUCAGUUGGUAGCGGCAAAUCGUCAUUGGUAUCAGCUAUUCAGGGAGAGAUGACAACCUUAUCUGGCACCGUCCAGUUCACUGAAGGAACCACAUCCAUGGCAUACGCUGCCCAGAAAGCCUGGCUAAUUAACUCUACACUACAGGGAAAUAUUCUGUUUGGCAAGGAGCUAGACACCAAUAGGUACAAGAAAACCAUCGAUGUGUGUGCUCUUAAGCCAGAUAUCGAAAUCCUCCCCGGUGGAGACCAGACUGAGAUAGGAGAAAAGGGAAUCAACAUGAGUGGAGGGCAAAAACAACGAAUCAGCAUCGCUAGGACAGUCUACUCCGACAAAGAUAUCGUCAUACUGGACGACCCACUGUCAGCUCUGGAUGUCCACGUGGGAUUGCAAGUCUUCCAUAAGGCUAUUGUCGGGACCCUCCUCAAGAAGAAACGAACCGUUGUCUUGGUAACACAUCAACUGCAGUAUUUACAUCAUGCACACAAGAUCAUUGUCAUGAAAGACGGUAGGGUGGCCUGUCAGGGUACCUUUCGAGACAUCAUAGACGAGGUUCCGGAACUUUACAGCGAGUACCAGCAAGCCGUCAAGACGACUACGGAGUCAGAGACGGAGGCAGAGGAGAUCAUGAGUAGGAUGUCUGAUGAAGAGAAGAGGGAAGUCUUCAAGAGAAAGAUAAACCGAGAAUUAUCUGUGGAAUCUAGUGGCUCUAAAACAGGCACCAAACUCAUCGAAGUGGAGGAAAUGGAACGAGGAUCCGUGUCCUACAAAGUCUAUACAUUUUACUGUCGAGCGAUGACGUGGACGAUGUCCAUUGGUUUCUUUGCUGGAUAUGUUGGCAACGUAGGCUUCACCGUGGGAACCAACUUCUGGCUGUCUGAUUGGUCUACUGCAGGAAUCACAACUGAUAAUUCCACUAUAAAGCCGUUGUCCUACUACAUUGCUGGCUAUGCUGGAUUGUCUGCCGGCGGGAUUGUGACUACUUUUGUCGCUUCCAUGUUUCUCGUGUUUGGAGCGUACAUCGCCUCACGUGAUCUGCACAUCUCCAUGUUCCGUAAUAUCACCAAAUGCCCCAUGAGAUUUUUUGACACAACUCCUCUCGGCCGUGUCUUGAAUCGCCUUGCGGCUGACACGACUCUCAUGGAUAUGAAACUGUACCACAGCAUAAAUAUCAUGCUAUUCUACACUGUGAGCUAUAUCGCUGGACUCGUGGUCAAUUCCAUCAUUCUGCCAAUUUUCUUGGUCUUCGUUGUUCCUUUGAUGGUCAGUAACUACUUUCUCGCCAAGGUCUACGUCACAACGUCUCGAGCGCUCCAAAGACUCGACAGCGUGACCAAAUCGCCAGUAUUCGCACACUUCUCAGAGACUUUGGGCGGACUGCCAACCAUUCGAACAUACAGAGACCAGGAUCGGUUUUACUCGACUCUUAUCAAGAAGAUAGACGUGAACAACACGGCUUUUCUCUAUCUCCAAACGUCGAAUAGAUGGGCUGCCAUGCGAUUGGAAUCGAUUGGAGCAAUUGGUCUUCUAAUAGCUGGAAUGGGGACCAUCAUCAGUUCACUCAACGGCACUAUUGAACCCAGUGAAGUUGGUUUGGCGAUAUCCUAUACAUUAAUGGUUGCCAAUUUCAUGGAUUACGCCAUCCGCUACGCUGUUGAAACUGAGAUGCAGAUGAACGCGAUCGAACGUAUCAAAGAGUAUUCGAGCAUCGCCAAUGAAAACUACAAAGGUACAGAGCCACCAGAGAGUUGGCCACAACGAGGAGAAAUCAAAAUGAACGGAAUUUAUGUCCGCUACGCCAGGGAACUAGACCCGGUCAUCAAAAACGUCACGGCCACCUUCAAAUCGGGGGAAAAGGUGGGGAUUUGUGGCCGGACGGGAAGUGGAAAGUCAUCUCUGACUCUGGCACUCUUCAGAAUCAUUGAUACUUACAAAGGUUCUAUUGUCAUCGAUGGCAUCGACAUCAGCACUGUUCCCCUGACCACCUUGAGACAGCGCCUGGCCAUAAUUCCUCAGGAUCCCGUUCUGUUCAGUGGCACGAUCAGAUACAACGUUGACCCAGAGAGACAGAGGACUGACGAUGAAUUGUGGCACAGUCUUGAGAUCUCCCAGCUGAAGGACACGGUUAGUCAGAUGCCCAAAGGUCUAGACUCUGAGGUGUCCGAGGGUGGAGAGAAUUUCAGCGUAGGUCAACGGCAGCUGUUCUGUCUGGCUCGUGCCUUCUUGAGACGGUCAAAGAUUCUUAUCAUGGAUGAGGCCACGGCUUCCAUUGAUAUGGACACGGAUAAGAUUCUUCAAGACGUCGUUGCCACAGCGUUUGCUGAUUGUACAGUCUUAACUAUUGCACACCGAGUUGCCACGAUCCUGGAUUCCGACUCCAUCUUGACCCUGGCUGACGGAGAGAUCGUCGAGUAUGACACACCGGAGAACUUGCUCGCCGACCACAAUAGCAUCUUUGCUUCGUUGGUCAACUCAAAUCAGUAAAACUGAGCAUGUUCUGCCUCCAGAAGUUGAGAGCCAUCUUCUCAGAUCAGCAUAGGUGCUUUUGCAUGCAAAUAAAGCUUUUAGAGCAGCCAAAUCACAUAAAUAUAGACAUUUCUUUGCCAUUUGUAUCCUCUCUGUUUCAAUAUGAAUAAAAUAAGGGCUUACUCUAGGAAACUGAGAACUAUAACCUCGUUUUGAAAAUCAACCAUGCUGAGAACAGAAAUCAAAUUGACCUUUAGAAGUUUGUGCGUUUGACUUUUCAGGUUAAGUGACCCACCAUUGCCAACUCAGGCUGAAGUAGGUAAUUGUGACGUUUAACAAUUCCUCUAUCUACUGUUUGUUUACAUUUCAAAGUGAUCAAAAGUCUCAUUUUUUUCUGUCUGCGGAAAGCUUUUGUAAUAUUUAGAAGUGAAAACUGUUGAAUUUCCACUCCUGCAGGGAUAUGAAGUUAAUAAUUCCAAACCUGGUAGAUCACGCAUACUAUAUGAUUCAUGUGGAACUGCGGGGCAGCAUACAUUGCAAACCGAAAUGUGUGAAGGAUUUGAGCAUGAAACAGGUAUUUUCUUAAGUCACUUGAAUCUUUUCUACUUCUACCGUUGUUAACUCCGUGAUGUCAAGAAAGAUAAACCAAGUUAGAUUUCAAAUACAUAUAUUACUGUGUGUUUUAGACUUCCAGACUCUAUUACAAAGUUUUACCUACAACAAAACAAUUGCUCCUUUCAUGACCAACUUAGAAUAAUAUCAGCUUUUUCCCACAAAUACCAGAAGUUAAAGGCUAUUCUACCAUAAUUCCACAAAACCACCUCACUUCCAUUGUUGGCAUUGCUCAUAACAUAACAGCAUUAACUUUGUAAUGUUUCCAUAAGUAAAAAGGUGCUAUUAAGUUGUGCUUAAAAUCAUUUUUUCUGACUUACACAGUUGUGAAAAUAGCAAGGAAUGACUUUUUAUAAAUAGUAUGGGAUUUGAGGGAUUGAAAUUAAGUAGAAUAAAAAAACCCAAACCGGCAUCAUAAUUCAUCUCGAUUCUGCUCUGA